AUGGGACAGUGCAACAAUCUUCUCAACUGCAAUCGCCAUGCCAUACACACACUCCUCCGACUAGCCACAACUGACGUGAACCUUCGACAUACCUUCGACAUACCUUCGACAUACCACCUCGACGAAUCAUCGCAAGCCGCACCGCGAUACAACACCCAUGACCAUUCGCUCACGGAAAUCACCACCGCGAUGGGCACCGCAGCAAGCAGAUCCACUCACACCGAUCCGCAGCGCCACCUCUACGCUUAUCCACCAUACGCCGCUGCAAUGACCACUUCACAGCGGAUCCCUCCGCCGGACUGUCACACGCUGAGGCUCCCAUCAUUCCUCUUGCAUGAGAUCGACAAGCAAGCUAUGCGCCACUACAAUGCCAGAUCGGUCUCCAUUGGAACCAUCAUGGACGACAUGAUGUCCAUCCGCACGAUCAAAGACACCUGCCGCGCGACUUUGACGCUUCGGGCGAUCGUCGGUACUUCAUCAGACUACCAGAUGCUUCGCCAAAGGACUCUCCCCACUGGGGACCGGUAG